AUGGACAACAAACCGUUAACUACUGGUAUUGGAUAUCUAAGAUCAAUUUUCGGGACAUCGACAGACAUUCAACUAAAAAUGGAAUCUCGAAACAGAAAAAUUGAGAGAAAUCCACUUGCGGCUUUCAUCGCUAUAUUCAUCUUCUCCCUCAUCAUGAUCACAACACUCCUCUACCAACUACAGACCUAUCUACUCAACCUCAAGCCCCUCCAACCAAAAACCACUCAAUCCAAUACCCAAAACUCCACUCCCAACGAGCUCAUAAACCCAAACCCUCUCGCCCCCCACCAGCAUCUUGAACCCCCUCAAGCAAACCAGCAAGAAGUUAUAAAUUACUUCAAUCCCCGUUUCCAAGGCAACCCGGAUCUCCAGCAUCUGAGAGCACAAGUUCGGGAGAACAUGGAUGCGAUUUUCGCAGGUGCGGUGGUGCCCUGGCCGGAUAUUAUGGAGAGGGGGUUUGGGCAUACGACGAUGGCGGAGAUUGAUCGGGAGGUGGAGUUGCAGAGACGGGGAGGGGGAGGUGCGGCGCAGGAUGGGGUUGCGAUUGUGAAUGCGAAUGCGAAGUUCCCUCGUGAUAAACGUGAUAAAGGUGAUACGCCGGAGUGGAUGUUGGCGCUCUUUGAACAUGGAAAUGGAAAUGGAAAUGGAAAUGCAUCUACUCCCGGAAAGAAAGAAGAGCAAUCCACAUGUCCAAUCUGUACAGAUGAGCUACCUCCUAAAGUAGCGAUUGCAAGACCGUGUAAACAUCGCUUUUGCACCACGUGUUUGGAGGAUUGGAUGGCGCAUUUGAGGGGGAUGGAGGGGGGAAAGGGAAAGGGAAAAGGAAAGGGACAGAAGAUUAGAUGUCCGGUUUGUACGAUGAAGAUUAGGAGGGUGGGGAGAGGUGGGGGGUUGAUGGAUAGGGUUAACCAGGCUUUGAGGAGGGGGUAG